AUGAACGCCGAUAAACAACACACCGGCCAUGUCGCCAAACCUCUGACUCCCGCCCUCAGCGCUGCCUUCCAUCGCGCCCAGAAAUCCCCCCUGACCCCCAGGCUCGCUACACCUGGCGGUUACCGCACUCCCAAGCGCCUCCUCACCCCCUCCGAGCAUCCCUCAUCCGCCCCCUCCUCCAAGCGGGAUCCCGAGCCAUCCCUGCUCAGUGCAAACGUGACCCCUCGCUCCGGCUCCCGCGCCAGCAGACGCGAUGGCCCGGCCUCCUCCCCGAACAGCACGCCUGGUGUCCAGCAGUCGCCCCAUGUGUCAUGGGCACAACCGCAGGUGGGCCAGGUGUCAAAUACGGGGCGUCUCCGGACAGAGCGGAGCCCGGUACGGGGGGCGCUGCUGGAACCAAGGACAACAACCCGGGCCAGGACGGUGACCAUGGAGUCCAACACCUCCCGGCCCAAUUCGUCUUCGGAUAAUGCCCCAGGGGGCCCCAUGUUCUUCCAUGCCUCUGAUGCCCGGUCGACGUCGGCUGAGCUGGACCCCCGCCCGAAACUGCCGAGCAAACCGCCGUCCACCACCUUCAUCUAUGCCAACGGCGCACAGGAAAGGCAGACAGCAGUGAGCGAGGUAGGGGGGACGACAUAUAAACGGCGAUCGACGGGGCUGGCACGCUCCGUGGUGUCCUCGAAACCGUCGGCGUCACCGCGAUUACGACCAGCCCGAGUGGACUCCAAUCCACGGCUGUCCGACGGCCCAUCACAGGUCAGCUCCCUGGACGAUUCGUUUGAGGCAGGGUCCCAGGUGCAUAGUCCGCCGUUGAGCACUGUCUCAGCGCGACCGGUGCCCGCCGUCCGACACAUGAAGUCGUCGAGUCUCGACUCCGCAAACAGCGGGCUCUCGCCCCCGCACCGGGAAGGCCUACGGCCGAGCCCUCUCCUCAUAUCAUCAUCCGAACUGCGAGUUGACACCAACAACAUUGCGUCGGAGCCGCUCCCCGGCCUCAGACCGCGAGUCUUCAGCAAUGGGUCUGUCGCGUCAGUGGACACACAUAAUUCCGGGAUGCAGAGCCCCUCCAAGUCAGAAAGCGGACAGGGAAACAACGGGGCCCUGAACGCGCGCACAGAGCGAAAGAUCCUCGAUCUUGAGAUUAGCAACUCGUCGCUUCUCGCGAUCAACCGCACCCUAGAACGCGAGAUGCGGAAACAAAACGCGGAGUUGCGCCGAUACCGACGGCUCAGCCGGUCCGGCCGUCUAUCUAUGGCACCAUCUAGCCGGUCCGUGUCGCUCUCGAUCCCCACCGAAAUCGAAGAAGGGAGCGAGCACUCGUCCGUCCGGUCCCCUGAGGAAAUGUCCGAUUUCAGCGACGAAGAAUCCAUGGAAGACGGGGUGAUGAGUCCAAGCUCGCAGGCCGAGCAGGAUCCUCAGCAUCGCGCCCAAGACGAGAAGCGAUUCCUCAUCGACCUGGCCAAGCACCAGGAACUUCUGGCGGACAGCCAGCGCAUGAAUCAGAGCCUGAAGCGGUGUCUGGGUUGGACGGAAGAGCUGAUCCGAGAGGGCCAGAGAGCCCUGGAAUACAACGUCCAUGUGAAUGACAUCAAACUGGGAGGUCGCGUGCUCAACCCGGAGGAAAUGAACGAGCUGAACGAGCUGCACGAGUUGGAGGAACUCGCGCGCGCUGAGAGCGAGAGUCCGAGCGAAGGUGGCAGUCACAUCGACAGCCACAGCGAAAGCGAGUUGGACGCGCCUUCCGAGGACGGCCACCCACCUUCCCCGUAA